GCGGUGUGGAACUCAGGAGUCCAUCCCCACACACACACCCACACCCACUCUUCUUCCCCCAACCGUCUCGGAUCGGAGCAGAGCAGAGGCUCUCCCUUGGCCUUCCUCCCUCUCGGCAGCAGGCUCGACCUUUGCAUGGCAGCAGUGGCUACCUCCAAGGGGCGGGUGAUCGCUGGGAGCCUCGUCGCGCGCGUCCUUGCCGGCAAGGCCGCCAACGCCUCCCCGAGGAGGGCGGUGCACGCGUCGGCCUACGACAAGAACGUGGACGAGCAGGUGCGCCCGGCCUUCGUGCCGGACGAUGUGAUCGGCGGCGCCGGGAGCCCAGACAAGUACUGGGGCCCUCACCCGACCACCGGCGUCUUCGGCCCGGCCGCGGUCGACCCCAAGCUGUCCGCCAGCCUCGCGGCGCCGGCCAGCGCCGCGAAUGGUGGCGGCGCCUCCGUGCUGGACCAGAAGGUGUGGUUCCGCCCGCUCGAGGACGUCGAGAAGCCCCCCGUCGCCUGAUCGCCGCCGGCGACCACAGCCCAGCUCGACAUCUCUAUCACUCUCCUUAGCUGGGCUCGACCACCUACUUAACUAUUAUCUCUAGUAGCGUGCUUGUGCUAUAGUACAGUCAUGGAAGGCACCAGAAGAAGAACCGGUAGUAGUGACGCGGUGUUGCUGCCUGGAAUAAGAACCUGUGAAAGAUGUGUGAUGAUGAUGACAGUGAUGUGCUCCCGUCGAAAACCAGUAUUAUUACAAGUGUUUGGUA